AUGAAAACAAAUACUCUUCAAGAGACACAACGUAUACUGGAUCUGAUCGCAAAGCGCAAUUUGAAUGAUGAUGAGAAAAAGCAACUAGUUGAUGAAACUGUUGAUAAUUUCAACAACUAUAUCAAUCCGGGAUUUCUAAAAUAUCGAAAAUCGUUCUCACCGGACUACGUUGCAGUCGAAUGGGCAGACAGCGGUUCAACGUUUACAUGUGUCAAAGGUAUUGAAUACAUUGAUUGUUUAGGUGGAUAUGGCAUUUAUAACGUUGGCCAUCGUCAUCCAAAAGUGUUAAAAGCAGUUACAGAUCAAUUGCAACGUCAAGCAUUGCAUUCUCAAGAGCUACUUGAUCCAUUACGUGGCUAUUUAGCAAAAAUUCUUGCUGAGUUAACACCUGGAAAUUUAAAAUAUGCGUUUUUCACGAACAGUGGAACGGAAUCAGUAGAGGGUGCGUUGAAAAUGGCUAUGUCAGCAACGGGACGUCGAACAGUAAUUGCCGCUGUUGGUGCUUUUCAUGGAAAGAGUCUAGGAUCAUUGAGUGCAACGUCAAAAGCUGUUUUUCGAAAACCGUUCUUAUCAUCCUUAAUCAAUAUGCGUCAUAUACCGUUCAAUGACUUGACUGCACUGGAACAAACAUUGGCUUGUUUGCAAUUUACUGGAGAUGAUGCUGCCGCUGUGUUACUCGAACCCAUUCUUGGCGAGGGUGGAAUUAUUUUACCGAGUGAUGAUUAUUUUCCAGGUGUUCGUCGUCUGUGCGACAAGUAUGGUGCUAUAUUCAUAGCUGAUGAAGUUCAAACUGGUAUGGGUCGAACAGGAAAGAUGUUCUGCGUUGAACACUGGAAUGUAGAACCAGAUAUCAUAUGUUUGGGCAAGGCAUUCGGUGGCGGUAUAAUGCCAACAGGUGCUUUUAUUGGAUCUGAAAAACUGUGGACAGCACUAUUUAAGAAUCCAUUUUUACAUACAACAACAUUCGGUGGUAAUCCGAUAGCAUGUGCAGCCGCCAUAGCCACAAUUAAUGUCCUACUUGAGGAGCGCCUUUGCGAACGAGCCAAAACUAUGGGUGAUCUAUUUUUAAGUAAACUCAAGUCAACAAUCAAACCGUAUACACCAUAUCUAACUCUUGAUGCUCGCGGUAAAGGUUUAAUGUUAGCAUUAGAAUUCGUCGAUACAGAUAUUGGUUUCCGUGUAGCCAAAGGUUUAUUUCGAGAAAAAAUUUUAGUUGCUGGUACAUUAGUUAAUGCAAAAACCAUUCGAAUUGAACCACCGUUAACAAUCACUACGGAACAGAUUAACAGUGUUAUUAAUGCUUUAUCCAAAGUGUUGAGAGAAAUUGCUAAUAGUAUGAAAAUUCAAGUACCAGACGAAUCAACCGCGACAAAUAUUCUUCAACGUACUAUUGUUCAUCGAGUUAGCGCUAGAUAUUCCGAAUUAAUGAAUCCAAAUCAACCGUUUACUUCUCAGACGAAUGAAAAUGGAAUCUCACGAUCACAGAGUUUCGAUUUUUUGGCGUCUCAACAGUCGAUACAAAUAUCGAACGUUAUUCAGUGUGAUCCUGCCCAGCUAGCGAGCUUUUUAGGACAUUGUUCACAAAUGAAUAACAAAUCUAACCAGAAGUUAGAAACAAUCUAUGAAAAUUUACUAGCACCACAACAAAUUAUGCCAGCCAAGCUCCAAUGGAACCAAAGCAAAGGACAACAAUUAUCCGAUAACAAGAUCACAUCUAUUCGUGGUUCAACUAGUUCGUGGAAUUUAUAA